AUGUUCGAUGAAGAAGAUUUCGAUUGCCCUUUGUGCAUGGAGGAGCUCGACAUCUCGGAUAGAAAUUUCCGUCCCUGCCCGUGCGGCUAUCAGAUCUGUCGUUUCUGCUGGCAUCACAUUAAGGAAGACUUAAAUGGGCGUUGUCCAGCCUGCAGGAGAAUAUACUCGGAGGAAACUGUUCAAUUCACGCCCAUCUCUGCUGAUGAACUAACGAUGAUCAAGAAUGAAAAGAAAGCAAAGGAGCGCGAGAAAAAGGAGAUGGAAGCCAUGAAUAGGAAGCAUCUUUCUAACAUGCGUGUGGUCCAGAAGAGCCUAGUGUAUGUGAUUGGUCUCCCUGCUAAACUUGCCAACGAUGAGCAUACAUUAAGGCAACAUGAGUAUUUUGGACAAUAUGGCAAGAUUGCCAAGGUCGUAAUCAACCGGAGAAAUGCCACAACAUCGUCAGGAUCUUUAGGUCAAGGCAGUGUGGGUGUAUACAUUACGUAUGUGCGGAAGGAAGAUGCCACAAAGGCAAUAGCAGCAAUUGACGGUAGUGUUUGGGAUGGCAAAAUCUUGAGGGCAUCAUACGGAACCACAAAGUACUGUACUUAUUACCUUCGUGGCAUGACCUGUCAAAACCCAGGAUGCAUGUAUUUGCACGAGCCUGGAGAGGAUGCUGAUAGCUUCACUAAAGAAGAUCUUGCAGUGGGGUAA